CAGAAAUUGAAGCCUGUGUGAAAGUGUCUGUCGAGUAGGCCGGCGGUUUUUGCCGAUCGAAUUAAAACAAUACGCGCGUAUAGUUUCAUUCGCACAUUGGAAAGAGGUAUAAGGAAGCAUACAUGACUUUAUCGCCGCUGGCACCAACCAAGGAUGCACGUCACGUUAGCUUUCCUGAUCUUUGUAGUGGCAUCAGUCUCAAGAGUAUCAUCUAAUCAGGAAAACAGUAACGUAACGCUCAAUGCAACAAAUUACAUAUGGCCUGAUUGGUGGCAACAAAUAUUUGCUCCAAAACCAUCGACAACUACAACGACUGUUAGACCUUCAACUGUUCAUGUACCAUCUCAUCAAGAAUCUUGUCCUUCUUGCGAUUGUGGUUUAACAAAUAAACAACAUAGAAUUGUUGGCGGAGUGGAAACGCAAGUAAACGAAUAUCCAUGGAUGGCAUUAUUGUUCCAUAAAGGACGAUUUUAUUGUGGUGCUAGUGUAAUUAAUUCUCGAUAUGUACUGACAGCUGCCCACUGUGUAGUUGAUAGGUUUGAGAAGAAAUCAUUAACUGUGAGAAUAUUUGAACAUGACAGAAAUUCAACAUCCGAGUCGGAAGUUGAAAAUUUUCAAAUUGAGGAAAUUAUUCGCCAUGGAGAUUAUUCGACAAUAAAUUAUGACAAUGAUAUCGCUUUGAUUAGAAUCAGUGGUGAAUUUAAAUUUCAAGGAAAAAUGAGACCUGUCUGCCUGCCUGAAAAAACCAAGACUUUCUCUGGCAUAACAGGCAUUGUGACUGGAUGGGGUGCCAUUGAACAAUCUGGACCGGUUUCAUCGGUUUUACGAGAGGUCAUGGUACCCAUUAUUUCAAAUGCAGAAUGUCGUACUAGUCGAUAUCCAGCGCGAAGAAUUACUGAUAACAUGUUAUGUGCUGGUUACAAAGAGGGGGCAAAAGAUUCAUGUCAGGGCGAUAGUGGUGGUCCAUUACAUGUACGAAAAGGACGAGUACAUCAGAUUGUUGGAGUAGUUUCCUGGGGUGAAGGAUGUGCUCAACCCAAUUAUCCUGGCGUUUACGCAAGAGUUAAUCGUUAUUUGACAUGGAUAGAUCGCAACACAGCUGAUGCCUGUUAUUGUUGAUUAUAUCAUUUUUUUUUUAUAUCAUUGUUAUAUAAUUUCAUUUAUUUUUUGAUGUUAAAAUUUUCACUUUUUUUUUCUAUAUUUAAUUAUUUAUCGUAAAUUAUUUAUUUUCCAUUGUUGCAAUAAUUUAUUUGGUAAUAAUAUUUAUUAGUAGAAAUAAUUAUUUAUUAAGUAAUUAAUUAACAGUAAUAACUAUAAAAAAUUAACUCAAACAAACGAAACAAUAUUGUAUUUGGUAAAUAUUAAAUAACAGCAAAAUUGUUUAAAUUCUUUAAUUUACAGUAAAUAUUUGUACAAUUGAGAUAAAAAGGACAGGAUAACUAUCUAAAAUUUUAUAUGCAGUUACAUA